UGAUAGUUUAGGGUUGGAAUGCAAUAUUUUGGAUUAUGGCCUCAGAUUGUGGAAUUUUGACAAAAAAGCAUUUAUUAUUCUGGACAGACUUGGAAUACAACAAGGAGUUAUAUCGCUUCAAAUGUUGUGUGAGUGUAAAAAUUGACAUCCACUUCUACAUAUAUAAAUGGCAUAAAGAUAGAUGUCAAUUAUGCAACAAACGCUGACAUUCAUAAAGAUUAUUGAAUGUCUUAGAGAAGACUUUAUUACAAGUGAUCAAAUGCCCGUUAAGAAUUCAGUUAUAUGAAGGAAUAAAAUCCUCUAAGUAUUUUGAUUUCCUUUACCUUUAAACUUCAAAAUAUCCCAUUCAAAUAUGUUUAUAUAACAGUGUUCGCUAACUCUUCAGCUUAUGAUUAUUACAAGGAGGGUUCUAUGAGCACUGGAGGCACAAAGACAGUGUCUAUAGAUUGGGACUCUGCGGUUUACAUUGUAGUUCACCCUACCUCAUCUAGCAAUGCUAUAGAUAUUGACUAUAAAGCAGUAAGAACAGCAAAAACAGUGAGUGUAGGAGCAGUUAUAGGGAUUGUCCUCGGAAGUAUUUGAUGUUUCAUCAUAAUUAUUGAUGGAAUAAUUGGUACAGCUGUAUUCUGCUCUAUCAAGAAAGCUCAAAUGGAUUUAAGAAAUCAAGCCGAAACCAAUAAUGGGGCAGCUACUGCUGUUCAAAUCAGUCCACAGCCUCAAAUAAUCACUGAUCCAGCUCCUCAGCCUCUUUAUAUGACUCACUAAUCUUUGUUUUGAAAGAAUUUUUAUUAUAAUGCACUCUGCUCCAAACAUCGGUUCAAAGUAAGUCCCCUCUCCCUAUACCCCUUCCGCAUAAUCUACGACCAGACCAACUCUCUUCAGCCCCAAAUAGGAUUGCCCUCUUCCAGCCACAUGGGCGAACACCCAUAACGAUAGGAAGUCCAAUAGCUCCUGAUCCUGAAGCCAAAAUGG